UGUUUCCUUCGGAAGAGUUUUUAAGUUUUGUUUUCCCGGCGGUGACGUGUUGCGGAGAGCCGUUCGCGGCAGCACAGAUGCUGGGGCGGAGCGUGGUGAAGGAGGACUUGGGGAUUGAGCUAGGUGGGCUGCGGAGGUAGUCACCCCCUUCCCCCGGUUCUCGCAUCCGGCUCUCCUGCUCUCUCACUCGUAUUGCCCCCAACGCCCGGAACUCCCUACAAAUCCCACCCCGCAUCCUCUGUGCCGUAGUCGCCUCCAUACUCAUUUUCUUUGAGUUGUUGGUUCUGUUCUGAGGUGUGGAAGAUAUAACGAGCUCCAGCAUUUUUGUUUGCUUUGUUUCUUGAGCCACACAGACAAAUCUAUGUUGUCUAGGGUGUUGGUGUCCUUCUCUCCCAGUGAAUAUCCUGGAAUUUGAAUUAUUUGCUAAAGAACCAGCUAAGAAGAAGCCCAGGAAAUUCAAACAGACAAAACAACACGUAGAUACAACAGAUGUGGAAAAAGUCUCAAGUACUGAGCUUUGAGGGCUUCCAGAGUCUGGUCUUAAGACCAGUUGUGAAGAAUGGAUCAGAUUACAUAUGCAAUGCAACUAAAAAGACUUGGAAAUGAAGCAUUUAAACAGCAGAAUUAUCAUGUUGCAAUCCAAAGAUAUGAUGAGGCUUUGCAAAUCCUUCAGCUUUGGCAACCAGAUGGAAGGGAGUUAGCCGUGCUCUUCUGCAACAGAUCAAAUGCCCUUUAUAACUUGGAAAUAUGGCAAGAUGCUUUGCAAUCAGCUCGCUCUGCUGUUGCCAUGGACUGUACUUAUAUUAAGGGCUACUACUGGGCUGGAAGUGCUUCAUUGAAGAUGCGUAAUAAUGUGCUGGCUUAUCAGUUCUUCUAUCAAGGAUUAAAUAUCUUGGAUGGAGACCGAGACAAGGCUCCUAACCAGAUUGCAGAUUUCAUUGUGGGAAUCCUGACAGCUAAUGGGACUGAUGGCAGCACUUUUGAGAUCCUAAAAUGGAAAAAAUACAGUUCCCAGAUUUGGCAAACAGUUAUCGAUAAAGCUGCAAACAAAAACUUAUGGAAGGCUCUUUAUUUUGUACUUUGCGAAUGUAGGUGUAUCCCAGGAAACAACUACAGUGCCUCACAAAUCCUGCUUAAGGACCUAUUUGGGCAUGUCCCUCCUGGGGUUGAACCAGUGCAUCAUUGUAAAUGGAUAACAAAACUUUUGCGUGCCUUAGUGACUCAUGAUGUAAACCUUGAGAGUAUUGGACCAUUUCCACUUCAUUCCAUCCUCAAACUUGCCAUAAGGACCAAUGAUAAAAAAAUUUUUAAGUGGAUUUUUGCACAGAAACCAUCUCUGCAUGACACAAUUAACCACCAGGAUGAAGAUGGCCAGUCUCUUUUGCAUGUAGUGGCUUCCUGGAACACAGUGGCACAUGGAUAUGAUCGGCGUUGUCAGACUGAAGAUGUACGUAUUCUUCUGCAGACAGGAGCUGAUCCCAGCAUUCCCAAUAGAUUAAACAUGCUUCCAGCUGAUUACCUGAAGAAAAAUAAGAACUUUAUAGCAGUGGAUUUUAUCAAUAAACAUUGUGCAGCUUCAUCAUCAAACCCAGCAUUCCAAGAAGCAGCAAACCAGAUGGAGGACAGUAUGUCUGCUUUCCCAGCUGUUACAUUGGAGGAGGCUUCUACACAGCUUAUGCAGUUUUGUGACUCACUUGACAGAGAGAAGCCAUGCAAAGACUUGUUAGCCCAAAGACAAGUCCAAGUGUUUCUGCAACAGCUCUCCAACCAGACAGAGAUUAACACAGCCACUUUAACUAACAUUGACCAUAAGUUUGCAACCAACUUGAUCAAGCAACUUCUUCGCAAAUGUAAAUGGGAUGAAGCUUUGCUCCUACUGACUGGGGGAUCUAAUGAAAUGCAAACCAAAGAAGCUGUUUUUAGAUAUGACUUUUCAGAUUUGGAUCUUUGCAAAAUUACAUGUGCCCUUAACCAGCAUAACAACAAAGAACGGCUUCUGCAGAAGUUAAUAGAUUAUGGAGCUCCUGCAUGUGGAGUUGGUACUAGAGAAUCUCCAAUGCAGCUUUCGUUGAAAAAGGAUGAUUUCAAGCUUGUGCAUUUCUUGUUGAAGAAUGGGGCGAAUCCACGUGAUCUUACUAUCAUGCCAGGCGACACCCCUCUUCAUGCAGCAGUCUAUAUUGUUCUGGACAAAAGGGAUGAGUUUGGCUUGCACAUAUUGAAAUAUCUGUUAGAAAAGUACAGCUCUGAAACUAGCUUUCCAUCCCUCAACACCAGCUCUCAAGAUAAUGAUGGAAAUACAGUGCUGCACAUCAUAUUUCAGAAACCCUUUUCAAAAAAUCACGAGGAAAUAAUGGAUCUGAUAACCAAGUUUGAAAUCAAUGACAGGGUGAAAAACAAGGAAGGGAAACUAUUUUCCUACAAAAUUAAGAAAGAUGACCAACGAUUCAUUGUGUGGAAUAAAGUGAAAUCACGUAACCGAAAGAAGAGAGAACAAAAUGACCAGAGCCAGAAGGCACGGACUUCAAAGAGUGUGAAAAAUGUAAUGAACAGAAAGUGGCCCUCUCAUCAGACAACAGAGAUGUCGAGCGUUCCACUGUCUGACAUAUGUAAUCCUAAUGAUGCCAACCCUCAAGCAGAAUUAGAAGGGCAUUCAUUAAAGUCAUUGAAUGAAGAACACGUUUUAACUGCUCAAGAAAUUCUUGUGAAUGAAAUUGCAAAAAUGAUUCAACAACUUGAUGUAAUUGAGACUCCAAUAGAAGAACACCCUUUAAAAAUGCCCCUUUCUGAUGGCCAGCUGAGUGACUCAACUCAGCCUUUGCAGGUGAAGUCUGAAGUUCUCAAAAGAGACUGUUUCCAAAAUGCUGAUCAUGUUGAAGCUGUAAUGUUGAAUGGGACUGGUGAUACAAUGCAGCAAAACCUGAUACCUGAAGAAGUGACCAAUUUACAGGACCUGGACUUUGAUAAUAUGACGUGGGAGAUUGAAUGUACGUCAGAAGUACUGAAGAAGCUUGGUUCCAGAGACGUACCUCAGCACAUGAAAACAAAAACUAUAAAAGUGAUUCAACAACUUGGCAAUGGAGAAUGGACACAAAGCCUCCAGAAACCACUCAAGCACCUGAAAAGCCCCAUCAAACUUUAUGAAGCUAAACUUGACAAAGGAGCAAGAAUGCUAUGGGAACUAGCAGUGGACUUUUCACCCCGCUGUAGUGAAAAGCCGGAGAAGAUCUUUGAAUCUGAGCUUUCUUCUCAUCCUCAGGAGAGAGUCACAGGAAGGAUAUAUAGUGAGAUCAUUCGAAUCUGGGAUAUUAUCCUGGACCACAAUAAACUUGAUCGAGCCCUGAUUACAAUUGACAGUUCUUACAACCGUGGAGCAUCCUGCAGCCUCCGGAAGAAGCUUAAAGGUAUAAGCAAAGCUGUGUAUACCUCAAAUUUAAAUGCCCAAAAGAAGAUCCCAUUGAUCUUUGUAGAAUAUGUCAAUUGGAAAGAACUGAAAGAAAAACUACCUGAAUACUUCCCGCCUGCCAGUGCAGUCGAGACGGAAUAUAACAUAAUGAAGUUCCAUAGUUUUAGCACCAAUAUGGCUCUUAAUAUCAUUACUAAUCUUGAGUCCAGGGUUGAAUAUCCUUUCAGAGUGGGAGAGUUGGAGUAUGCAAUAAUUGACCUUGACCCCAAGCCAUUGGAAGCAAUCAUUCUCAUUGGACGAAGUGGAACAGGGAAAACCACUUGCUGUCUGUACAGACUUUGGAAAAAAUUUCAGCUCUACUGGAAGAAAAUACAAGAGGUUGGGAGCCCCCUGCUGAUGCGACAGCUUUGGCAUAAAAAGAAAUUUCUGGUUGACAAUGAAAAGGAAGCAGCAGUGAUCAACAGAACAGAUCACUCUGAUUGUGCCAAUGGGGAGAACGUUUUGCACUGCAACGAUCAAAGCUGCAAUUUGCAUCCAAAUGGAACAGCAGUUGGUAGUUGUGACAGCAAAUUGACAUGUGAUCAUGAAGAGGAGCCAGCAAAUUCUACUGAUAUUGACCGACUUGAGCACUUGCAUCAAAUUUUUGUCACCAAAAACCAUGUCUUAUGCCAGGAAGUCUUGAAAAACUUUAUUGAGCUUACCAAGUCCACCAAAGCCACAAACCAUUUCAAACCUCCUGAUCCCAUGUGUUAUAGACUUCAGGAUAUUAAGGAUGAGAAUUACCCCCUAUUCAUGACGUCUAAGCAAUUGCUGUUGUUGAUUGAUGCAUCCUUGCCAGAACCAUUUUUCCCUCGGAAUGAAGAUGGCAGUCUAAAAAGGAACAUUGUGGGUUGGUCUGUUCAAGAAGAAAUGACAAUACCAGAUUUGCGUGCUGAGGAUGAGGAAGAGGAGUAUGAAGGAGAGUUUCUGGAUGAUGAACAAAUGGCUGUAGAGGAUCACAGCAAAGAAUUUGAUCCUCGUGUCUUUGUUACUUAUGAAGUAUUUACACGUGAUAUUUGGCCCAAAAUGGUAAAAGGCAAACCUCAGUUUAAUCCAGCUUUGGUAUGGAAGGAGAUCAAAUCCUUCUUAAAAGGUUCCGUCGAAGCUUUAAAUAGCCCUCAAGGCUGUCUAACAGAAGAACAGUAUAUUAAACUGGGAAAAAAGAGAGCACCAAACUUCCAUGAAGACAGAACAGAAAUCUACUCGUUUUUUCACAUGUACCAGCAGAUAAAAUUGCAGUGGAGAUAUUUUGAUGAGGAAGAUUUGCUGUACAGCCUUUCCCUGCGACUGUCGAAAUUAGAUGAACUUCCAUGGUCUAUUCAUGAACUGUAUGGGGAUGAAAUACAGGAUUUUACACAAGCAGAGCUUGCCACCAUCAUGAAGUGCAUCAAUGACCCAAAUUCUAUGUUCCUUACUGGUGAUACAGCUCAGAGCAUUAUGAAGGGUGUGGCUUUUCGCUUUAGUGACCUGCGUUCCCUGUUUUAUUAUGCCCGUGAUUCCAGUCAAGGCAAUAAAAAACAAUAUAAUGUAGAAGUGCCAAGCAAAAUAUACGAGCUACACCAGAACUACCGAUCACAUUCAGGAAUUUUGAAUUUGGCUUCGGGUGUGGUGGAUCUUCUCCAAUACUAUUUUCCGGAAUCCUUUGAUCGCUUGCCGAGAGACACUGGCCUCUUUGGUGGACCUAAACCUUCACUGCUGGAAUCCUGCAGUGUCAGUGACUUGGCCAUUUUGCUUAGAGGAAAUAAACGGAAAUCCCAGCCAAUAGAAUUUGGAGCUCAUCAGGUUAUUUUGGUUACGCAUGAAACAGCCAAGGAUGCAAUCCCAGAAGAGCUUAGUCUUGCCCUUGUUCUGACUAUAUAUGAAGCCAAAGGUUUGGAAUUUGACGAUGUCCUCCUCUAUAACUUCUUCACUGAUUCUGAGGCUGAUAAGGAAUGGCGGGUCAUCUCUUCCUUUCAACCUCCACCUCAUUCAAAAGUCAAUCGAGAAGUAUUACUGGAGCAACCUUUGGAUGAUGCUGUUCCUCAAAUCAGGCCCCUUGAAUUCAAUUCAGAGCGGCACAAGCUUCUGAAUUGUGAACUGAAACAGUUGUACACAGCCUUCACACGAGCGAGAGUGAACCUGUGGAUUUUCGAUGAAAACAAAGGGAAACGUGCCCCAGCCUUUGAAUACUUCAUCAAAAGAAAUUUUGUCAAUGUUGUCAAAACUAAUGAAAAUAAAGAGCUUGAUGACAGUAUGUUUGUUAAAACUUCGACAAAAGGAGAAUGGGCAGAAAGAGGCGAUUAUUUUGCAAAACAUCAUUGUUGGAAGGUUGCUGCCAAGUGCUAUCAGAAGGGUGGACAGGUGGAAAAAGAGAAACUGGCACAAGCUCAUGAUGCUGUUCUCAAUGUACAGGUCAAGAAAAAAAGCUUAAGGGAAAUUCAGAUGGAAUACCUCCAACUGGCUAAGACUUACCUGGAAUGCAACGUUCCAAAACUGUCGCUGAAGUGUUUGAGAAAUGCAAAGGAGUAUAAACUUUGUGCAGAAUUGCUUGAGAAAUUAGGAAAGGUGGGAGAAGCAGCUUCCUUGUACAGAAGAGCUCAGUGUUACAGACAGUCUGCAAAGUGCUUUGAACAACUGUGCCAAUUUGAAUUGGCUCUCAAAAUGCUGUGUUAUGGUGAAUUGUAUGAAGAAGCUGCACAGGCUGUGUUGAGGUAUGAAGCAAUACUUCAUGAAAAAAAAGAGCCUUUUACUAAACUUCCAUACACUGUGGAUCAGUUCCGUUUAGAAGCCGCUGCAAAGUAUCUGAGGGAGAACAAACUCACUGAAAUGAUGGCGCCUCUGUCUCUGCUUGACCUUGAAGACCAGCUGGUUUUCCUGAAGUCAAACAAGUGUUUGCCUCAAGCAGCUGAGCUUCUCAAAAGCCGGGGUCGAGCGGAGGAAGCUGCCAUUUUUAUGCGGGAGCAUGGAAAACUCCAAGAAGCAGCUGAGCUUUCAAAUAAGAAGGAAUUUCAAGCCGAGUGUAUUGUUGCUGCAGCCCGAGUGAGCCUACUGAAACAAAGGAAAGAAGAAAGAAGUACAAUAGAAAAACUAAGUAUCCAAGAAAUGCUGGAUGAAGCAACUGCCCUCUUGAAAAUUGGAAAAGAACAGUCUUCUAACAUAGGAGAAGCUAUGCUACUGAAAGGGCUUCUACAAGAAGAGACUAUUCUGAUUCAUGAAGCUUUUGACAUGUUUGUUCAUGAAAAUAAUGGUGCUGGAGCUGUGGAGAGCCUCUCUUAUUUAAUGCAGAAAGAUGCCAUGGCUUCUUCAUUUUUUGAACAAUCGUUGACUUGUCUGGAGUUGUUGGUAAAGUUAAUGAAAGCCCUUGACAAUCCGCAGAAUAAUGCUGAGAAAGAGAUGGUCAAAUCUUGCUAUGCAUUUUUUGGAAUUUUACCAGGGGAUGUCAACUAUUGCAGAAUCCCACUAUAUGAAGGAGUGUGGUUCUUUCAUCUAGUUUUUGACCCAGAACUUAAGCAAGGCAGUUUUUACCAAUGUGAAAUGAAAAAAAUUAAAAUUUUGGUACAGAAGCAUUUAUUGCUUCGUCUUUGUGACUUUGCUGGAAAAAUUAAGUCAGCAGGACAAAAUGUUCCAGAUGUUUGUUCUAAGUUUAUCUGUGGCUUGCCCUGCAGGUCUGCCUCCUGUCAGGAUUAUCAUAGGAUUUUGAAAAGGCAUGAAGUAAAACAUUCUCUUGAGGCUAAGCUGUAUCUGACGGUUCUGAAUGGAAUCUUGCUGGAAGCUAAACAUUUCUGGCCUAAAAAGAAUUUUCCAGAGGUUGAAAAAAUUGAAGAUAUUCUCACUGGAAACCCUUAUGCUUUAUGCACCUCAAUGCUGAAUGCACUUUACCCAAAGCAUUUCCAUCGCUGCAUCAUAUCUACAAACCCUGCUGCUUGCUGGGAUGUCUUGGGAUUAGUAAGAAAAAUUAAAUAUCAAAGUUUCAGGUCUGUACUGAGGGAGUACUUGGAUUAUUGUUUUAAAUGUUCUUCAGUUAAGGAGCGAAGAGAAUCAACAGAUUUUUGGUUUCAUGUGCAACAAAUAUAUCUUUUAACUUCUGACUAUCCCAAAAUUGAUGACCUCCUCUCCAAAGAAGAGCAAGCAUAUGACUCUGAACGAAAGAAAUAUGACAAGAUCACAGAUGUUCAAGACAAAAGGAUGAAACAGAGAACCCCAAAAGGCAGGCUUGGGAUGUUGCCCACCAACACUUUGCAUUUAUGUAUUUUCAGACUGCUGUUUAUGUCUAUGAAGAAUUUCUAUGAAUACUCAGACCCAGAGCGGUGCAUUCACAGUUUUUUCCGGUUCAUGAAUGUGCUCGUUAGAAGAUGUGUGGAUCCUCUUGUCCCCAGUAUUGCCAACACUAUCACAGUCCUUGAAUUCCAAUUCAUUUUAUGUUGUUGCGUCCUUAUGCAUCUGACAAAGAAUACUGUUUUCUGUCUUCCAAGGAGCUUUAUAGCUCUUCUCCAUUACUGGAACUUCAUGUUUAAAGGACAGUUCAAACUUACAAAACCGAAAAACUUUUUUAGCAUUAUAAAUGAAUACAAACCAAAGGAUGUGCCCAAGGUGGUUCACAGAAUGAAGAAACAUUUGUCCUACCUGGCCAAUGUCUUGUGUAGUGAGCAGAACAAAGAUUUCAAUGUUCUUCUGGAUGCCUUCAGUGAUCCAGAUUAUAUUUCUUCAGGAGAGGCAGAGAGGACAGCAGUUCUUUGUCUGGUGAUGUUGAUCAAUGCAAGACAAGUUCUAGAACCUUGGGCAGCAGAGAUGAUCAGACGUAACUUCAGGAAGGUGGGAAAGCUGUUGGUAAAAGUCACCCAACGCCAUGAGUCAAAGGUUCCAACAAGAUUAAGAGAACUUGUUGAAAAAGUUAAUGAAGCACAAAGUGUUAAAGAUAUAGUGAGCAAUCUUCAGGUGUUAUUGAAUAAAAGAGAUGAUGAGAAUUUGCAUGACUGCAUUUGGAAAUGGGACCACUAUUCUGGCCCUGGAUCUGUGCGAGGCAUUUAUUUUCGAAACCUUCAUAUUGAAAAAUUUAGUGAUGAAUAUCAAACAAAAAUUAAUGAAAUUGUACCCAUCCCAGAUGAAGAUAUUGCUGCUGAUGUUGCUCAGUAUCUUGAAGAAAAAGAUGAUUGUCUGCAGGACAUGGCUUCUGAAUUGCAGAAAACAAUUGUGAGGAGGAAAUGGCAAUGUUUGCUACAUGUUAUUACUGUGUGCAGAUAUUUACUGACACUGCAGACACAAGCAGUUUCAGUUAUAGCCCAACAAAGGGAAGAGGUUCCAAGCAACUUCAGAGAAGCACAUAUAGAUGACACACAGUGUGAUAUUUGUGGAGUGAAAUUUACCAGAAAUGUUAAAAGUUAUGCUGAUAGCCAUGAGCAGGAAUGUGAAGAAUCCAUUGACCAGACCUCAGAAAACUGGGAAGAGAAUGAAGAUGAAGAACAUGGUGAAGAUUUGUGCUUCAGCGAAUGUUUUGAAAACCAUAUCAGGCUUGAAGAACACAAAAGGAAAGAAGCUGUCUAUAAAGCUUACUUGGCUUACUUCAGAAGAUCUGUGGAGCCUAUCAUGGACAAAGGCAGAAGUGUGCUCCAUUGUCUUGAGGAAGUAGCAACACAACACUUGACAUCUAAAGAGAUAACAAAAGUGAUGUAUGGAAAACUGAAGAGCAGUAUGGAUGCAGUUGUAGAUUCAAUAGACAACAUCUACAACCAAAAGAUCUGGAUAAAAGGUGAAGAAAUAUUGUCACUGAAAGUUGAAAACCUUCAGAAAAUUAUAGACAGCACUGACCUAUGGCAGAAACAAUCCUGCAACCUGAAUGAUGAAGGACUUGAAGUUAACCAGAGUACAGCUGAUUUUGAAGGCAUAGAAGAUGGACACGAAAAUUUUGAUGAACUAUGCUCCAAGAAGAAAAGGAAGUCCUCAAAGAAGAAAAGGAAAUACUGAUUUGGAGCCAAUUUUGUACAGUGGGGUUGAGUGGUUGUGGUAUCAGGAUUUCUUUCAUAAAUCACUCACUUGUCCUCACACUUGCAAUGUAAAUGCAUCAUUCUGUAUUUACUGAAAAUAUCUUUUUGUAUAUUUGUUAGAUCUCUUUUGCUACUUCUUACCAAUUUAGCAAAGGCCAGGUUUUCUCACCUGUUUGCUAAGAUUGUAUGUUUAGUUUACAUUUAUCUUUACAAUAUUUUUUCAUCAUUUGUUAAUUAUCUUGUCCUUGGAAUUCUGACAUGUACAAUAAAUAUAUCCUUAUAAAAACACAAACAUUUUCAUAUCAAUGUAUAAUUCUCAUCCUUCAAAAGGGAGGGUUGCUAAAUAUCAAUGUUUAGCUAGGAGGAAACCUCUAAGUAUUAGUGGACUACACAACUUGUACCAGGUGCAAGAAUUGGUCAUGCAUUCUGAGAUAUACCCAGAAAAAAAAAUUAAUGUAAACCUAAAUUGCUCAUUGUGUAUAACCACUAAAUACUAGGGCCUCCUAAUGGCAGAACAGAGUUUGUAUGUUCUCAAUUGUUUAAAGGUUUUUAUUUCUUGAUACCAAGGUUACAAUAACUGCUGUAUUUGAAAUUUUACAUUGGCUUGUUUGAUGAAAGCUUUGUAAGUUUAUCAUUGAAAUAUGAUUAAUGGUUUUAAAUGUUUUUGUAUACAAUUGGAAAAUAUUUUUGUAGAUGGACAAUUUGGACCAAAUUGCUUUGUAAAAAUCAACUUAAGCUUAUUCUCUUAACCACCAAAAUAUAGAGGAAGUGCAGUCUGCUAUAAACAAAAUAAUGAUUUGAAUCAAACAAUUGUUUGGUUGGUGGGUGGGGUCUUGGGAGCAAAUAGAAUAGUUUAAGUCAACCAGUUCAAAUAGCACAACAUGAGGAGAUUCUCCUAAGAACUUGUAAUAGUAUAGUUUAAAUUAUGCCAUUUAAGAGUGGACAAAUAAGCAAAAGUCACAGAAUAAGUUACAGAACUUCUGAUUUCCAAUCAUUUAAUAUUUUAAGAUUUUUUUAGUCAUUUUAAUCCUUUACCAUUGAAAUGAGUAAUUGUCAGGAUAUGGAUGAAUCAUUUUGCAUUAUUUGGAAUGUAAUUACCAAUUUGAUUAGUUAUUUACUUGGUGAGGAAAACUAAGUGCAAGCUGACUUUCAAGUUCUGCACAAUCUUUGGAAUUGUGUUUGAAAGGAUCUAGAAAAAUUUCAAGGAAAAAAAUUGAGCGAGUAAAUUACUGUGCUUCUAGGUUAUGUCAUUUACCAGCAACAAAAGAAACACACCGAGUCAUGUAUAAGUGCUAAAACUAUUUUAUUAAUAACUACUUAUGAUAAUAAGAAAAAUAAAAGUAAAAAUGUUAGAAUGUUAGAAGUAAAAAUGUUAGAUCUUAAACAUUAACCCCAAAACUAAACUCGAAGUGUGUGUGUGUGUGUGUGGCAAAUUCCCAAACUCCAAGUCCAGGAAUAGUUCUCAAAGUUCAGUUCAGCAAGCCAUAAGGUGAAACAUGAGCAAAGGCUUCUGCAAAGCCACCGUUGUCUGAAGAGGAAAUGUAGAGAGAAAAUAGAAAGUAAUUACAAAAUCCAGAUGUUCCACGAGGGAACUCAUACGACACCUCAAUCACUGAUGCUCCAUUCCUUUGUUUCGAAGUAUCUGCCACCCCGAAAGACCGUCCACACAAAUACCUGUUUCCUUGUACAGGUUAACGACAAAGUGGACUCCACUAGAUUAUUCCAAAAGUCCAUAUGUGGAUUGUGGUGACAGACACAGUUAUUGUUUUUCAUCCAUCGAUACAGAGACCAGCAGGCAGGUCUUGCUCUCUCUCUCUCUCUCGCUCUCUCCGACUGACUGACUGACUGCUCCAAAAACAUCAUCGCGUCCUUAUCUCCUGUUCUCGUAAUCACGCCACACAAACACACACACACUACUGUGCUAUGUCUUAAAGAGACAUUCACCAAUAGUAACUUAAUCUGUAACAGUUAAAAUAAACAUUUUUAUAUUUUAACAAUUAUUUUCUCCCCCAGGAAAUCGUGGGUAAAAUGUUUCACCAACUGACAAACAUUCUUUUCUUUCUAGACAGUCAUGUUACUCUUUAUUUUUACUGAAAAGAGCUUUUUGGUAUAGUUUUUAACAAUUACUCUAAAGUUUUUGAUCUGUAAAAUGUAGAA